AUGAAUGAUAAAACAUUAACCCAUACAGCUACUUUAAAUAAACAUACUGUUACUGACAGUGGAAAAAAAACAUUCACGUGUAGUGUGUGUGACAAAGCAUUCACUGAUAAAGCCACUUUAAAUAGACACAAUGUUAUUCAUAGUGGGAAAAAACCAUUCAGGUGUAGUGUAUGUGACAAAACAUUUACACUGAAAUUCAAUUUAAAUAGACACUCUCUUACUCAUACAGGAAAAAAGUCUUUCACAUGUAGUGUGUGCGAUAAAACAUUUGCUCAUAAAGUCAGUUUAAAUAAGCACUUUUUAACUCAUACUAUAGAAAAGCCUUAUUCAUGCAGUGUUUGUAAUAAAGCAUUCACACAGAUAGACCAUUUAAAUAAACAUUCACUUGUUCACGGGGAGAAAUCUUAUUCAUGUAGUGUUUGUGAUAAAAAAUUCACACGGAAAUACAAUUUAAUUGUACACUGUGCUACUCAUACUGGAGAAAAGCUAUUCUCAUGUAAUGUAUGCAAUAAAACAUUCACCCAAAAAUGUAGUCUGGUUCGCCACUAUCUUGUUCAUACUGGAGAGAAACCUUAUUCAUGCAGUGUAUGUGAUAAAACCUUUGUGAAUAGAACCAGUUUAAAAAAUCACUCUCUUGUUCAUACUGGAGAGAAGCCUUAUUCAUGUAGUGUAUGUGAUAAAACAUACUCACAUAAAUUUAGUCUAAAUAAACACUCUCUUGUUCAUACUGGAGAGAAGCCUUAUUCGUGCAAUGUUUGUGAUAAAAUAUUCACACAGAAAGCUGAUUUAACUGCACACUCUGCUAUUCAUAGUGGAGAGCAGUUUUCAUGUAGCAUAUGUGAUAAAACAUUUGCACAUGAAGUCGGUUUAAGUAGGCACUACCUGGUUCAUACUAGAGACAAAUCAUAUUCAUGUAGUGUAUGUAAUAAAACAUACAUAUAUGAGACUGAUUUAAAUAAACACUUUCUUGUCCAUACUGGAGAGAAGCCUUAUUCAUGCAAUGUGUGUAAUAAGCUAUUCACACAGAAAGGUAGUCUUAAAAGACACUACCUAGUUCAUAAUGGAGUGAAGCGUUAUUCAUGUAUUGUAUGUAGUAAAACAUUUGCACAAAAAUCUGGUUUAAAUACGCACUGCCUUAUUCACAGUGGAGAGAAGCCUUAUUUAUGCAAUAUUUGUGGUAAAACAUUCUCACGGAAAUACAAUUUCAAUGAACACUCCGCUCUUCAUGCUGACAGGAAGCUACUCUCAUGCAGUGUGUGUAAUAAAACAUUCAGAUGGAAAGCUAGUUUAUAUAAACACUCUCUUGUUCAUACUAGAGAAAAAACUGAUUUAAAUUAA